AUGGCUGCUUCAUCUUCCUCCUCCUCUUUCGUUCCUCUCCUCCUCCUCUUCCUCACCGUCGCCGUGGAGUCGAGACCUUCACCUGAACGAGACGACGCGCAGGUCUUACACUCUCUGUUUGGCUCUCGUCUCGCUUCUCUCAUCUUGGCCCCGCCCACCUAUGAUGACAUCACAGAGGGCUCGGCCGACCCCUCCUCUUCAUCCCCCUCCAGGGGAUUGGCUACGAGUCGUGGUGCUGCCAAGGGAUUGGCCGGCAGACAGGAGGCGGUCCCGCGAUUCUUCCUCGACUUCCUCCAGCGACAGUCCAAGAUGAGGAGGCGGAGCAGGAAGUCGAUGGUUGGAGGAAGAGGAUGCUUCGGGAUGAAGAUGGACCGAAUCGGCUCCAUCAGUGGGCUGGGCUGUUAG